AUGUCGCGCUCGCCCUCCCCGCCGGCAAAAGCCUCGAUUGAUCGCCAGACUACCACCCCGUUCCUCCUCAAUUUCUGCUACAAAUCGUCUGGCUUUCACAACCUGACCGACUUCCCACUGCCGACACCCUCCAACCCGCGCCCCGCGCUGCCCCCGCAUCUGCAGAUAUACACAUGGAUGAGUUGUACUUUACGAGAGUUGGCGCAGCUCCUGACACAGGCACUGCCUCACAUUCUUCCUGACCCAAGCAUCGGAACGAGAUUGAGCUUCAGACUGGUGUACCCCGACGUUCACGCGAGCCGAGGUGCGGGAGGCAGGUUGGAAAGCGACGGGAGAGGACGGUACCUGAGUAAGGAGAUAGGGAGUAUCGUCAUAUCGGCACCCGCCAAAGACUCGAACGGCGACGGUGGAGCGCCGAACCUGGACGGUGACGAACUCGACAAAACCCUCGAGGAUGCUCGUUUUGUCAUCGGGGACUUCAUCGACUGUGCCGUCUUUCCCCCCCUCAGCGACGGCUCGGUCGUGAGUCGUAACAGCGUCAGCGGCAGGGGCGGUGGCACGAGAGAAAAUGGCUAUGGUCGCGUACGGGGAGGCGGAUACGGCAUGGGAAGCAGAGCCAACUACAACGGCCACGGGCCCAGAGGUGGUGACUUGGGCGGUCCUGGGAGCAUGCCCAGCGGCGAGUGGCGACGUGGGGAGCGACUUCCAGACUCUGCUGGGUUCCGCGGAGGGAGAGGGGGCAGAAGGGGGUAUUGA